AUAAAACACUCUCGAGAUUGUAUACCACGUCAAAGUUUUGAAGUAACAUGACAUCAACUAGGUAUAGUUAUUUUAAGUCAAGCAUUUGUUUUAUUUGUGGAUUACAUUUAAACAUUUCCGGACGAUGACUCGUGUCGCUUAGAGUCAAUAAGAAGAAACUCCGACAGCAGGGAUUUAUUUUUGUAUCUUAAAUGUGGACCCGGAAGUGGUGUAAUAGUUACUCUCUCCCUGUGUUUAGUUUGCGAAUUUGAAACAGGACCGUGUGUGUGUUUUAGCACCAAUGGAAAGUUGACGGAUCGGGAAUGGAAGAUGACUCUUCCGCGCGCGUGAAUGUCACCGAGCAAAUGCCCGGUUACACCGGACGCGACGGGGCAUCUCUCCAUGUAUCCAGCGGGAUACGGAGCACAGAUUUCGGCCGAGAUGUCCGCAGCGAGCCGAAGGUGCCCGCAUCCUCCUUAUUAUUAUCGUCGAAGGAUGUUUUGGAGUUUCAUAAACACAAACACGAGUCAGGUGGCAAUAAUAAAGAAAGCCACGAGAGAGAAAGCAUACGAGCCGUGGAUAUUUUGAGAAGAAAUUGUGGAGAUCCAGAAGAUCCGGAGAAAGUGGAAACGGGAUUUGAGAUUGAACCGGAGGACUCGGAUCACGAGGAAGAUGAGGAACGGAUGCAAUGUAGUCUCAAACCAAACCUGGAGGAUCCUGAACUGGCUGAUCCUGAUGGGAAUCUUAAUAUUGAUUGUAAGAGGGGCGAAGAGCUCAAAGAGCACGUUUAUUGUACCGUGUACUGCAUUGCCAAUGAUAACUAUAGGAUACCCGUCGAUAAAACGUCGGAUUAUGAAACGACAUCACAGUCACCCUCAUCAUCCUCCGAUGUUUUGGUUUCACUUCCCACCGACUCGGACUUAUCUGACCGUGAGCCCUACCCAGUGCCCUAUACAGUGUCCGACCUCAUGAUGUCUGAAUUAAACAACUCUUAUAACGCCAACAACAGUUUUUCUGUCGUGUUAACGUGUCGCAUUUGUCUCGAUGACAGACACAUCAUGCCGCUACACUGUUGCAAAAAGGCAGUUUGUGAAGAAUGCCUGAAAAGAUACGUCAGCUCUCAGGUUCACUUGGGUCGGCCGGAUUUGGUGUGUCCCAUCACGGAGUGCAGUGGUUUUUUGGAGGAGAGUUUGGUCAUUUCGCACCUGAGCAGCGAGGAACUUACAAAAUACAAGUAUUUUCUGGAGCUCAGCAGACUGGACUCGAGCACUAAACCCUGCCCGCAGUGCAGUCUGUUUACAUCACUGAAGGGACACGGCCAACAGACGUCCACCAAAACCGAACACAAGUAUAAGAUUCAGUGCGCAACGUGCCAGUUUGUCUGGUGUUUUAAAUGCCACUCGCCCUGGCACGAAGGUCUGAAGUGUCGAGACUACAAGAAGGGAGACAAACUGUUGCGUAACUGGGCAAGUGUCAUCGAACACGGCCAGAGAAAUGCUCAAAAGUGCCCACGCUGCAAGAUCCACAUUCAGAAGAUGGAGGGCUGUGAUCACAUGUCUUGCACACAGUGUAACACAAAUUUUUGUUACCGAUGUGGGGAAAAGUACAGGCACCUGCGAUUCUUUGGAGACCACACCUCCAACUUGAGUGUGUUUGGUUGCAAGUACCGCUACUUGCCUGAGAAACCCCACCUGCGACGGCUGGUCCGAGGCUCUGUUUGUAUGAGUAAGCUGCUGGUGGCUCCUGUGCUUAUCAUCCUGGUUGUGAUCGUGGGAGCUUUGGCUUUGGUCAUAGGUCUUUUUGCUCUGCCUGUUUACUACAUCUGUAAGAGGAGAAGGAAGCACACACAGGGGUCAGGCCGCUGGCUUUGCUGAGUCAGACAUCCUGCUUAGGACCGGCACACACAAACACACACCCCUAAUAAAGCCCUGGGUGCCAAGCGACGGAAAACUUGCCACCUGCUGUAACAAUCACAAUGCGAGGUUUUCCUGUUAGCUGCAUCUCAUGAAUUUCCUCAGCCCAUAGCUGUCAGAAGGCAGGCGUGACAACUUUGGCAUUGUGAUCAAAGACGGCGUGAUCGGAGGUUGUGUUUAGGAACUGAUUUGAAUUCAGUUUUUAAAAAAGAAACUAUUGACUGAGGAUGUGAAAUGCCGUGGAGCAACAUACUGUAAAUUAUUUUGUGUCUUAAAGUAAUAGUUCACCCGAAGUGAAAAAUCAUUUAUUCACUUUCGUCUUUUUCCAGACCUUGUGGGAAAUAUUGCACACUUUCCAUAACUGAAAGCUAGUUAUACGAGUUUGUAAAACCAUUACAUCAUGUUCAUUUUUGGUCGAACUGUCACUUUAAUUUCCGACCUGCAUCAGACGUAAUCUGUAAGCGUUUGAUGCUUAAUAAUGGCGAGGGUAAAAUAAUGUUUGUCUCUCUCUCUCCCCUCAUCUGUGUGCUGUGCCAACAUCCGCAGGAAUUUGCAUGCUCAACAAAACGCGUGUCUGUCUGCUGCACUGUAAAAAACAAAAGACACAGAAUUACAGGGGAACGCAGCUGUAGGUCAUAUAGCCAAGGUAUAUAGGUCACGCAAAACAAUACUGAGUCAUGCAAAGUAUUCAAGCUCCAGUUGUCAGACACCCGCAAAUCUAAAGCUAUGGCCAAAGCAGUUGGGUGCAAAAGUUAAAAUUGUUCUAUUCAACAAAAUUAUAAACCGGUAAAACAAAUUGAGUUUGAAUUUCGCACUUUGUGCAUGCACCCAAAUUCUCAGGAUUUUGUUCUCAGACUUUUGAGCCCCGCUGUAUCUACUUGGAUGCCUAGCGCAUGCGUUAAAUGUUUCCAGAAUGAACCAUUAGACUUUUUUUACUUCAUUUUUCUCAGAUGUGUUCUCUAAUUUAAGGUCCAUGAGAUGGACGCUUUGACAUUCAUUUCUAGAAUAUUCAAACUUUGCACAGAGACGUAGCCACUGGGCGGCACCUUGUUUGUUUAGCGGCAUGUUGAGACUAUCGUAUUGAAGCCCAACAGGCACACCUGCUGUAAUUUUGCCGUGUUAUACAUUCAUAUCCACUGUAAUGCAUUGCCACGUGUUGGGUUUAGUUGUUGCUAAAAAAAGAUUACUGUAGCAUGCCAACAAAGAUGCUGAAAUAUAUCAUUAACCAUUAGAAAUACUAUAUUCACUCCACUACAUGAAAUUAUAUUUCACCAAAAGGCAAACCCUAAAGCUCCGCUUUCAGUCCAGCGUCCGGCCCACGUUGAUUUGAUUUGAGCUGGCCAUUUAAUGCUUAAACAAAGGCUGCGAGAGCCAGGAAGCACGAGGAAAAAACACUGCCGGAAAGGUUGUAACCAUAGCAACCGUGCAGGGUGUCCGGAGGAUGAGGAGAAUGAGUAUUAAAGCAUAGAGCAACUUGUGGUCCUGCUGGGCUUGUACUCAGGGUGCAUUUUGUACAAAAUAUAAUAUUUGGAUCCGCUUUGAGCGGUUGCCAGUUAUCAUUUCAAAGAGGUUAUGGAUUGGAUUUAUGAGACAAUCAUUUAUGACGAUGCACUCGGGCUGGAAGUGAACGCCAAUGUAUCUCUCAGGGAGAAUUUUGUCUCAAAUGUACACACUGCACUCUUUAAGUGGAUAAUCUGUAUAUACAAAAACAGACUUUAGAGAAAUAGGGGAUACAGUAGGUCUGAAUGUUAGUUUAUUAUCUUGAAAAAUAUCAGAACUGCUGUUUUAACUUAUAAGAUGAACGAUUUGAGUGCCACUACUUUUUUUCACCAGACGGUGCCUUUUACAAUGGGAUUGAACAUUAUUCUAAGGAACGCUGUGAACGAGUUCCUUUCGUAUAGUUUGAAAGCACACCUGUUGUGAUCGAUUUCCAAAGACAUUGGAUUUUAUUAAUAUAUUUCUGCAAUAUUUUGUUCCCUAAAUAUACUGUAGUAUGUGUCUGAAUCUAUAGCACAACACCUGUGUUACAUCCAUGUUUUUAUGACAAAAAAUGCACAAUGUAUUUUAUUGUUUUUCUUCAUUGUUACAUUGCUGCUGCCCUUUAUGUUCAGAGUUACAGAGUCAAUUCAGGCCUGCAGACAGAAAGCAUGUGUCUUUAUUUUGUUCGAUGAAGAAUUAAAAGGAGCUGCCAACAAUUGAUCUGUUUAUUUUCAUUUUUGCAGCGUUUGCCAAGGGUGUUGCUCAUGUUAUUGAAGGAACAAUUCACCCAAGAAGGAUUUUUGAAAACAUUCUGUCUUCAUU